ACUCCAGAGCCCAGCCACCAGUUCAUUCUCAUAUCCUGUCAGCUUUCCAUCCUAAAUCUCUAUAGUUCAUCCACAUCCUCCUAUCUUCAUUAAUAUCCAACUUCAUUAAUUCACUGAACAAAUAUUUAUUGAGCACCUGCUAUAGUAGAUGUCAAGGGAAAAUAGCUUUGAACCUGGUGAAGCUCAAAUCCAAAUUAAAGUAACAAAAAGGAAGCAAAAUAAAUACUAAUAAAGGAAAAAGAUUUGGGACACAGUUACUUUACACAGGGAAGUUACAAAGGUUUCCACUGAGGUGACCUUAGGCAGAAUACAUCCCUCUCCUGCCUGGGCUAUUAUUCCAACAGCUUAUCUCCCCUACUUCUUUUCUUAUACCCUGUCUUCUCCUCCUUACAACAAAAAUAUGUAAAGGCUUUACCACAUGUUCUCAAUGCAAUCAAAAUAAGACUAAGAUUCAUUUAGCACGAAAAAAUAUUAAACAAGUACAUUAGGGCACUGCUCACUAGGAAUUAACAAAAAAAAAAUCUCUGCCCCCAAUGGAACCUAAGUUUUAGUAAGAGAAAAUAAAACAAUACACACCAUUAAAAAACAGUUCCUAAUCAGAAAAUAAGGGUAUUGAAGGAAAAGUGGGGAAAGAAGCAUUCAGGAUGCAGUUUUUUUCACCAUUCACGUGAUCUGGUCCUGCCUACCCAGCUUAUGCUUCUGCUCCCCUUCGCUGUAUUUCAGUCCCUUGUUUGCAAUACUCUUCCCUCUUCACUGGAUGUUUGCAAAUAUUACCCACCCACCCCCACCACCACUUGACCCUCCUUUCACCUACCAAUUCUUUUACUCUCAGCUCUAUAUCAUUUCCUUUGGGAAAACUUUCCAUACUCGGACAUAUUUGUAUUCUAGGCCUCCGCAGCACUCCGUCCCUCAUCUUUAAACCCUGGACAUAUUUCGAUUUUAUACUGCGCUUGUAUCUAUAGUUUAUAACUUCACGAAAGCUCUAUGAAGAUUCAGCCGCUUUUGUUCGUCGUUCCGUGCCUAGUACCAAUCCUCCGUACCUAGGUACCCACACUACCAAACCAAAGAGCCAGCAACCGGAAGUGUUGCGUUCGGUACCAAGAUCAGCGUGGCUCAUUAGAUAACCGGAAGUUUAGCGUUCCUGUCCGGACGUCCAAAGCGGGAAUUGCUCUUAAGGCUAUCCAGAGGCGUGGUUUUCGAGCGCGCGCUUCACUUGGAGCGAGUGCGCGUGCGCCGCACCGAUCCUCUCCGGUCUGCAUCAUGGCUGCUUGGUCUCUGUGGGCGGUCCAGCGGCGGGUGCAGCGCCUCCUGGCCUCGCGUAGCAGGAUAUGGCUUCACCCAUUCAGCACUGCCACCCAGAGAACUGCAGGUGAAGACUGCAGUUCUGAGGACCCUCCUGAUGAGCUUGGGCCCUCUCUUGCUGAACGAGCCUUAAAGCUAAAAGCUGUUAAACUGGAAAAGGAAGUUCAGGAUUUAACACUGAGAUACCAGAGAGCUGUAGCUGAUUGUGAAAACAUAAGGAAAAGAACCCAGAGAUGUGUGGAAGACGCCAAGAUAUUUGGAAUCCAGAGUUUCUGUAAGGACUUGGUGGAGGUAGCAGACAUUUUGGAGAAGACUACUGAGUGCAUUUCUGAAGAAACAGAACCUGGGGACCAGAAGCUCACUCUGGAGAAAGUUUUCCGAGGGUUGUCACUUUUAGAAGCAAAGCUGAAAAGUGUAUUUGCCAAGCAUGGCCUGGAGAAGAUGGCUCCCAUCGGUGAUAAAUACGACCCUCAUGAGCAUGAACUCAUCUGUCAUGUGCCAGCUGGUGUUGGAGUACAACCUGGCACAGUGGCGUUAGUAAGGCAAGAUGGCUACAAACUUCAUGGCCGUACCAUUAGACUUGCUCAAGUGGAAGUGGCAGUGGAAUCUCAGAGAAGAUUAUGAGCAGACCCUGAAGAACUGAAUGUUCUCCCAGAGUGCAGUCACCUGUGUUUCCUUUAUUUAUUAAACUAGGUUUGUAUUGUACAUGAGGUACUUCAUGUGAUCUGUUUUGGAUUUAGUCAUAUUGGCUUUAUUUCUAUGAUACUCUAUUGAUUUUAUGUGACCUGUUUGGUCUCAUCAGAAGUCUUGCCAUUGAGCAUUUGAACAAUGUGACAAGUGUUCCUGUGGCCUUUAUCAAAAUAUGUUUAUGAAAAUUAUUUUUAAACUGGUACUCUGAUGACUUCAGAUCCAAAAUCAUCUUCUUAACUGUAUUUUCAACUAAUGGUUGAAAUUAGUACAAUAUCUUGUAUAGUGUUUUGUAUUCUGUGGGAAAAGGAGACAGUAGGGAUUAGUUCAACAUUUGGGUAUUUAGAUGAUAAAGUUUUACACUUGUAUAUGUUUAGAUUGGAUUGUUUGGAUUGGUUUUUAUAGAGAGAGAUUUUUCAGGAUUUCCCCCUUUUGUUUUAUUCUUUACUGUUUAUCCAUCUUUUGUCCUUGUAGUCCCAGCUAAACUUCAUUAUUUACUUUGUUUUGUGGUACUUACCCCUUUCCAAUUCCACUUGGAAGGUAGAGAACAUCAGGAAAUUCAAGGAACCUACAUCCCUUUAAAGCAAGGAAUUAUUUUUUAGCCUCACUAGGUAUACAGUAAUUUCAGGUAAAAUGAGGCAGCACCAACAGCUAAUGACCCCAAAUGAGUCUGUAUUGGUAAUUACCCACAACUGCUCAUUCCACCUGUCCCAACUCCUAUGCCUUAUUGGUUAAAUUUGCCUUAGGAUCCUAUAUUAGAUUAUGUGGAGAAGUGAUCAGGACAAAAAUGUUACAUUCCCACAAUUUCUCAUUUCACUUGGUUAUACUGAAAUUUUUUUUUUCUUUAAUUGGUUCUAACAAACCACUGCUUCUCUUACAUUGACAAACUUUAUUUUUUUUUUUUUGUUUUUGCAGUGUUGGGGGUUGAACCCAAGGUCUCAUGCAUGCUAGACAAAUGCUCUAUCACUAUGAUACAUUCCCAAGCCUGUCAAGCCUUUAUCCAUAGUUUUUGUAUCCAUCUUAAGUCAAAUUUGUAUAAACAUUUAGCUUCCCUCUUUUUUUUAAUAUUUAUUUUUUAGUUAUAGGUGGACACAUCUUUUAUUUUAUUUUUAUGUGGUGCUGAGAAUCAAACCCAAUGCCUCACGCAUGCUAGGCAAGUGCUCUACCUCUGAGCCACAACCCCAGCUCCUCUAGCUUUCCUCUUAUGUAUUAACCUCCUAAAGUUAAUGGUCCUAUGUGGGGAUUUUUUUUUUAGUCUUACAACUGGUAUUAUGUAAAAGAUAUAUCUAAUAAAUGACUUAAUGAGUAAUAACAUCAGUGAGACUUUAGAAAGGAGGUCAGUUAGAUACUUUAAUGUUAGGAGAGGCUUCAGUCUAAUCUUACCUUUCAGCUUCUGAAGUAAAAGAGCCUACUCUUUUUAGGAUUGGACCCAAAGGGGGAAAAAACUAGUGACUAACUUCAACAAGCGGUUGAAUAAAGGAGUAAGUAUAGAUGUUAACUUCAAACACUUAAAGAUAAUUACAUAGAGUUACAUUCGCAGCAGACCUAUACUUGUGAGGUGUCCAGAUUAUAUAGAUUUGAGUUGGUUACCCAUAAAAUCCACUUCACCAGAACUCUGAUCCUGAGUAAAAGCAAAAACUGGUUUCUCCCCACCCUUUUAGGUUCUUUGGGCUGCAAAUUAAGUUUACUCAUGACAGAGUAUCAGGAGAAAAAUUAGACUUUAUUGUAUAUUUUUGCAUGGGAGUCCCACAAAAUAAGACUCAAAAGGAGUCAAAGAUAAUUGAAGCUUAUAGCAUUCUGAGCUAUAGAUCUUGGCAGGGGAGUAAGAGUGAGGGACAUGGAGGAAAAUGGUAAAUAAAGGUGGCUUUAUUAUGCAGAUAGAAAGGUAAUAUGGGUUUGAUUUCCAUCACCACCCAAGGGGGGGGGGGGCAGGUAACAAAAGUUGCCUAGCAGCCCUCUCUCUGAUAUAGACACCUUUAAUAAUAUAUAUGUUUAUUUUAUAAAAGGACAACUUUUCAGAGCUACUCUGUCUGCAGUUUCUCAAAAUAUGCAAAAGAAGUAUAUUUUGGGGUUAGUAAGUUAUCCUCUUAGACAAUAUAGUUAAUUCUACAACACUACACAAAUGUGCAUCGGUAAGGGAUUCCCCCCCCCCCACACACCCAGUGGGCCGUCAGAUUUAAACACUUAAAAAAAACUAGGGGACUGAGCGAGGUGUAGCUCUAUAGUGUGCACAAGGUGGGGAGAGGCUAGUAAACAUGCACUUUUAAAAUGCCAUCAAAAGGUGCUUUUGGUGCUCAACCAAGUGCACACUAUAUUUAAUGAGCAGUCAAAUUUUACUGUAGUAAUUUGUCCUUUUCUGCCUUUAUUCCUGUGAGAUUGACAGAUAGUAACAAUAAGAAAUUGAGUCAAAUUACCCAUGUGUGUGUUGGUAUUACUAGCUAUCAUUACCAGUGAAUUGUUUAUAAUUUUAGGUAUGGAAGAUUCUCAUUACUUGAAGAGUUCUGAUACCCUUUACACUUCCUGGUUUUGCAAGCAGAUUGAGAAUAAUUUUAGGUUCUUUUAUUAUUCAGUAGUUUGGCAAGACUUGAAGCAUAAAUUUAGAAUUAGAUGAUGAAAUGGUAAUAGUGAAAAAAAAUCUCAAGUCAAAGGGCUUUAGGGAGACAGAGCGGCAUAAUAGAACAAGGCUUGCUAGGCGUAGACUUGAACAUAAAUCCCACCCAGCUCCAUCACCUAUGUGACACUGAGCCCCAGUUAUUUCACUCUUAUAAGCUUGUUUUUGAAAUGCUCUCAUGAUACUGUGAGGAUCAAGUGAAGUAUGCAAAUUGCCUCCUACAGUUGGCCCUUAUAUUUAUUUAUCUUUUUUUAAUCUUUUUUUUUUUUCCUACAUUUCUAUAGCUGCCUAAAGUCUAAGGAAAGGGAAGGGCUAGUCAACUGAUUUUUUUUUAAAAUGAUAAGCAAAUCAUUCACAGUGACUUAUUUUCCUUCCAGUUUUGUUUGUUUGUUUUGUUGUUUGUUUUUGUUUUUUGCAGGGGGGUGGGGGGGUAUUAACCAUACCACAAGAAACUCAUAUUUUUAGACUGAAGAAGCAAAAAAAAUAAAACAAUGUGAUCUUGCUCUUUUAUUUUCAUCUUAAUGGUAAAAUCCAAAAACAUUAGCUUACAGAUGAUAUGUAAAGAAGCUCUGGCUUGCUUGAAGGGGGAAUUUUGGUGUUUCUGUACUUGGAUUCUACAAUUUUUUUACUGACUUUCCUUACUGUCAUAAAACAAUCAGUCUCUUCGACAUUGACUAUGUUUUUUGGUGCUCUUACUCAUGACACCGUAUUUGGUAAAUGAAGAAAGGUUCUUAAAACAAAAAAUAAAUAGGGGAAAAUAAGACUGAAAUGUAGUAUUCAGAAAUAACUUUAAUACCUUUAAUAAAAUCUGAAUUGAAACAAUUGUAA